UGGAAACUGGAGGCUAGUUUGUUAUCUUUAGAGCACUUCCGGGCUGAAAUUCGAUGGUUUGCAGACGAAAACAUUGAAGUCUUCAAUCUUCCAUUCGUUGCUGAUAAAUUGAAAGACACAGAACAGAUCGUCAGUGGAGUUUAAUACUUGUUGUAAGAGAGGAUACUGAUACAACAACUGUAGUAAGCUUGGUGUUGUUAUUUCAGAGUUUAAUACUUGUUGUAAGAGAUGAUAUAGAAAGAUUAUAAAGAUGUUGAGAAAAGAUGAUAUACAGAUGUCACAUCUGUUGUUUCCACCUCAGUAUGGGUAUUCACAGACACCAUUAGACAAAGGUGUCCCUUCAUGUACAUCAGAGGCUGUUCUUCAAAACAGGAAAAAUGCAUGGAUACAGCUUGCUGGUCAUAUGGGAUCAUUUUCACCAGCUGGUCCACAUACCAUCUGGAAGAAAAGGAUAUCGAAAGAGAAUUAUGAAAUGAAAGCCUACCAAGCUUUAAUGGAAUCUCCUGCUACUAGAGAUAUUAUACCAGAGUUCUUUUGUGAAGUAGAACAUAAUGGAGAAUAUUUUAUUGAGAUUGAAGAUUUACUAUAUCAUUUUAAAGAUCCUAAUAUAAUGGAUAUUAAAAUGGGUAAAAGAACAUUCCUUGAAUCUGAAGUUAGAAAUCCAGCUUUACGUAAAGAUCUGUAUGAGAAAAUGGUGAGUGUAGAUUGUAUGGCACCAACAGAUGAAGAAAGAAAACAGAAAGCCAUCACUAAAUUAAGAUACAUGCAGUUUCGAGAGGAAGAAAGUUCAACAUCAUCAUUAGGGUUUAGAAUUGAAGCCAUCAGAAAUUCAGGUGAAUCUCCAACAACUAGUCUUAAAAAGGUGAAAACUAGAAAUCAGGUUAUGAAUGUGAUAUCUAAAUUCCUAGAACGACAUCCUCAAUCUAUUCGUCAUAUUUUACAAAGAUUAAAAACAAUCCGAGUCAAGUUUGCUGAAUCAAACUUCUUUAAAAAUCACGAGAUUAUUGGUAGUUCUCUUCUUAUUAUGUAUGAUGAAGUGGGUCAUUCCGGUGUAUGGAUGAUAGAUUUUGCUAAAACAAUACCCGUAGAAAAUGGCAUGAUAUUACAUCAUAAUUUACCAUGGCAACUCGGUAAUAGGGAAGAUGGCUUUUUAUGUGGUUUAGAUAACUUAAUAAAAAUUUUUUCUGAAUUAAUCGAAGGACAGAAGACGAUAUCUUGAAGAAAAAAAGCAAAUUGUUCGAAGUUUCUGUUGUAUAAGCCAAAUAUUUUUAUAAAACUGUGUUCAAUAUGUGAAUACGAUUUAUUUUGCCAAUUUAUAUACACCUCAAAAGAGAUCAGUGACUUUAAUGAAAUCAACAAAGUGUGGUAUAAGUAGUUGUAUACAUCAAAAAUAUUAUAUGGAGACACAAUAAGAACAAAAAUAUUAUAUGGAGAUACAGAAAGAACAAAAAUCAUUCUUGAUUUUAAACCAAACCAAAUUAUAAAACCAUGGAGGAGAAUUUCAGGUGCAAUAAUAACUUUUGAGAGACAACAAUAUUGAGUGGACAAAAAUAUAACUUUCUUAUUCUCAAAUUUAUUUUCAGGAAAGACCCCUCAACAAACAAAACACCUUUAUGCUCUGAACAGGAUUAGAUUAUAAGAGCUUUAAAUACAGAUGUAACGUCAUCCUUUGAUGUUGGCGUAACAUUAUUUCAAAUAAUGUAUGGGUAACUUGCCAGUCGUACAUUAUUUAUACUAGGUGAUAUAUUGGACUCGCGUGACAUAUUUCAUUGCACAGCACGUGCGAGUGUCCGUAUUUUAAAUUGUUUUAUGGUCUUGAGUUUAAGACAUUGCGUAAUAUAUUGAAACAAGACUUGGGUUAACGCCCUCAUGCAGUAUCAAUAUAUUACUUAUCGUCUUGCUCUUGGCCAUUACACCUCAUUUAAUCUCAGUUAUAUCUCUGAAGGAGAGGGGAAAAUUACAAAAAAUGAUAGGCCAUUAGUUUGAAAUAUGGCCCUUCUCUGCUAAAAAAAACCCUUCAAAUAAAACCCAUUAAAAUGAUACCAUAUUGAUCGGGCAUAUAUUGAAUUUAUAUUGUAUUUUAUGAUUUUCUCUGUUAUUUUAUUUCAUAGCAAUAUUAUUAUAAUUUAUUUAUAACCCAUACUUCAAUAUUAUAAUUUAUUUAUAACCCAUACUUCAAUAUUAUAAUUUAUUUAUAACCAGUACUUCAAUAUUAUAAUUUAUUUAUAACCAGUACUUCAAUAUUGUAUAUAAUUUAAGUUACUGCUGAUUGUCUAGUAUUCCUCGAACUUGGAUCAGAUCUGUGAAUAAUCUGAUUUGUGGGUCACAUCUGUAGAUGCUGAAUAAUCUGAUUUGUGGAUCAGAUCUGCAGAUGGUCUGAUGUUGAUCACAUCCGUGGAUGGUCUGAUCUGGUCAGAUGACAUGAGGUUGAUCUGCUGAUCUGCCAUGGAUCAGAUCGUCUGAAUGAUCUGCCAUGGAUCAGAUCGUCUGAAUGAUCUGCCAUGGAUCAGAUUUUCUGAUGAAUUGAAAUAAAUCUUAUCUGUUGAUCACCUAGUGUGCAUUGAUGAUCAUGCAUGAUCUAGCAAGGAUCCAAUCUGCUGAUGAUCUGGUAUGGUACCAAGCUGAUUAUCUUAUAUGGUACAAAUCUACUGAUUAUCUUGCAUGAAUAAGAAUUUCAUGGGUUAGAUGAAGUAUUAAAGAAAAAUAAACUAUAACACAUACUUAUGAAAAAACAGUUACUAAUUUAUUUUAACUCUCUCAACGUGUUUGAAAACGUUGAGAGAAUACUCUUCAGAGCAUCUUCAAUAUAAAUCAAUAAUUGUUCUUCCAUGAGUAUAGUUUAUAGUUUAUUGCUCAAUCCAGUUACUAAAUGCCUCUAAAGUAUCAUUACUAAAGAAAUGGUAGAAUCCUGUAGAUCUGGGCCCUUACUCACGAAAACUUAAACUAAGUUACAACCGAAAUUUUAAGAAAUACUGCAACUUCAUUGGAUAUAUGCAAAUUGAUUUUACUGGUCAGCCAAUCAAAUUGCAGUAUUUCUUAAAACUUAGAUUGUAUCUUAGUUUAAGUUUUCGUGAAUAAGGGCCCAGUAUAAUAUAUACACAUUUCAGGGUAACCAAUAAUCAAUUGUUGAUAUUUUGUAUUAAAGAUAUUGUUGAGUAGUCUCAGUAAAUGUUUACAUUUAAUAGCUUUCCCAUCAUAAUACUCAAUAUUAAAUUCUAUUAAUGAUGAUUUACCUCGGACAAUAUUAAAAUUGUACUUUGAUUAUGUUAAAUAAAACUGAAAGAUUGGUUGUAUAAAUGAUUAUGCGUGUCCCUUGGAAAUCCAAUGAAAUAGAAUGGUAAAUAUAUGUAUAUGCAUUGUUGCAUGUAGUUAUUGUUUAAAGAUACAUUAUGUACGAUUUACAUAAAAGAGCUGUCUAUUCUUAUUAUAAUAGUUUAAAAAUAGAUAAUGAAAAAUGAAUAUAUUGAAAAUUUCGGUUGAAUUACUUUAUCUGAGCAAAGUUUUGAAGUUUUGACAAGAAAUAGUCUCAAUUGUCCAACAUCAUUGCCACAAUAAUAAACAAAGUCUCUGUUUUCUGUCCUUAAAUUGACAGUUUCUGGGAGUGAUGUCCAUAUAACUCCAAUCAAUAAUGUUCUAUAACCUAUGAUAAAAGCAAGGAACUAUUUAUUAGAAGUAUGCACGUUUCUGUUUCCUUUGAUUAGAGAUUUGUUUGUUGAGGUAUUUGUUGCUUCGUUUGUUUUAGAAAUAUGAUUUAGUUGAGAUAUUUUUUGCAAUUUUGUUUUAGAAAUAUGAUUUUAUUAGAGGUUUGUUUGCAAUUUUGUUAAAAAUGUGUUCUAUUUGGAGACUUGUUAAAGAUGUUUUUGAUUAGUUAAAUAUAUUUUUUCCAAUAAGGGAUAUAUAUAUUUAGAUUAGUGAUCUGUAUGAUAAAAAUUAUUGUUUAAAGUAACUGUGCAUGAUUUGCCUUUUUUGAAAAAUGUCAAAUUUCUGACGGCUUAGUCCUCAUUAAUAUGUACUCAGAUUGAUUAUUUAACAUUUAAUAAAGAAAACGGAAUCAAAAUAUCAACGCUAGAUAAUCUGCUGGCUUGGAAUCAAUUUAAUUAUAAACACGCCCAUCAAUUAGAUUUUGUGAAACAUCAAGAUAAUGGUGGGCUUAUUUACUUAGGUAGAAGUCUAGGUUGAUGGAAUUUCAGAACAACAAAUCUUUGUAUAUACUGAAAGGAAUUGAACCAUUUUUAAUCUGAUAUUAGCGAUUGAUCGUUUACAAUUCCUAUAUCACUCAAAUCACGCUCAGAGACUUUAAUUGAAGAUAUAUUUGAUAAAAGAUAUUGUUAUAUUAACGAUGUUUUAUUAGGAAUGUUCACAGUUUUGUCUUGUUGUAUGUCAUGUUUUUGAAAUCCAUAGUUUUUAGUUACAGUUUUUUUUUUAUGUUGAAAUAUUUAUCGUGUAAUUUUAUUGUUAUUUUGAAUAUUUGGAUGAUAUAGCAUGUAGGAAAACAUAUGUACAUUUUUUAAUAAAUUCUGGCUAAAUGAGACAUGCUGCAAUAUCACUACCAUGGAAGCAAACGUUAGACAACAGCACAGAAGAAGGAGACACAAUGUAGGCCCCUUAUUUUAGAUACAUGAAACAUGUACACAAAAUUUUUAAAACCCCAGUUUACAGCUAAUAUAUUUUUAAAAAAAUGACUAUUUUUGUUUCCCCAAUGGUGAAACUUAAUCAGAAAUGCACAAAAUUUGCUGUUUUUGGUUGCUAUGGAGUUUUACUAUUCUGUUUAGUCAUUUUUAAUGCAAACAAUCACAUAUGUAAAUUUCUAAGAAUUUUUUUGAUACAAGAUAACCGAUUAUAAAUAAUGGUUUCCAAAUUUUUAAGUGAGGUCCCUGAUUGUAUAGGGUCUUUAGGAGGCAGUUGAUUGAGUCACUCAUUUCACUUAUGACCACUUAUUCCAACUCGAGUGGUCUAAUGGGUUCGCCUUAGACCAAUAAUGUCUGUCAUUUGAGUCAUGUUUUCAAUCCCAAGCUUGUACAGGACAAGGCUCGAUUUCCUGCCACUACUAAAGAUCCCUACACACAUUCAUAUUAUUGAAAUAAAAUUUACCACAUGUUAGUCUACUAAUGACCUAGUUAUUCGGGUGGGAGUUAGUAUGAUUGGUUAACUUCAGUAGAUUAGAGUACAUCUUAUUAUGAAGGCAGCAGAAUAUAUCUAACCUUUUGUUAUUGUAUAUAAUUGAAUGAUUCCAUUAAUUGUCAGCUAUUUAUUAUUGAAAUUAAAACCAUUCUUAUAUAUAAUUGCAAUACUGGUACCACUUUAAGAUUGGGGUAAUGUGGUCUUUUUACAUCUAAGUGGUUGUACCACUUUAAAAUUGGGGUAAUGCGAUCUUAUUACAGCCUGGUAAGUGGGGGUACCACUUCAAAAUUGGUGUUAUGUGGUCUUAUGACAGCUCAGAGUAAGUGGUUGUACCACUUUAAGAUAAGAUACGGCUGUACUACAAGCCAAUUGUGUAAUGUGGUCUUAAUACUCGAUUGUCUUCCAUGCUCUAAUGUCAAUGUAGUUUAUUAACAGAUGCAUUGUGAAAUCAAUUCUACCAUAAUUUGUCUCUAAUGCAAAAAUCGGUGUAACAUAUGCCAUACAUGUAAAUCGUUGUAACAUAUGCCUGGGUUUGUCAUUGCCCUUUGGCAUAUAUCUAUAUAUUUUCCAUCUCCAUAUUCUGUGUAAUACCAUAUGUAAUUUGUUAAGGAAAUAAUGCUUGAUAAAAUGUUUUUUUUUUUAAAAAGAUAAAUAAAAUUGUAAUUGUUCAUUUAUUAUUUAACUUUAUUAAAUAUUUCAAAAUAUCUUACACAUGCAGAUAUUUUAUA